AUGUUUGGCGUGCCCAAUGAUUUGGUGCUGCAUCUGACGAAGGAACGAAUUCUGAUCGAAGCAAGUGACUAUGCGGCUGGGCAGCAUCUUAUGAUCGAUCGCGACAGUUGCGUGGUGACGCACGUCAACGAUCCCUUCCCGAACCAUCCUAUCUGGGACUGUGAGACACGGCGAGUGCAUGGUCUGCUCGGUAUCAUCCCGAUGCCCAGUGGUCCCCAUCUGCUGGUGAUUACCGAGCGAGUGCUGGUCGGUACGUUGUUCGAGAAAAAGAUAUUCCGUCUCGGAACCGUCGACCUUAUUCCGGUGGCUAGUGAUAAUCGGGACCGAAAGCAAGACGACUACUGCCGGCGAACCGUGUUGAACCUGUUGGAGCAACCAUACUUUUACUUCUCCUACGAAUACCAUCUAACCCAUUCAAUGGAACGUAUUAGCGAUGUUAUGGGAAACGUCAUUAAGCAAAUAGUGAACUGCAAUAACCUGUAUGGUGCCGCCGAUCGGCGGUUUGUGUGGAAUGAUGCGCUACUGUCCGAUUGGUACCAGCCGAGUAUGCGUAUCUUCUGUUUGCCACUGAUGCAUGGCUUCAUCUCGAUCAACAUGCUGGAUCCGAUGCUGUAUCCUGAGUUGCGGAAUCACCGACCGUUGGGUCUAGUGCUGAUUUCUCGGCGCUCGAGAGAACGGGCCGGAACCCGGCUGUUCACGCGCGGUAUCGACACCGAGGGCCACGUGGCGAAUUUUGUCGAAACCGAGCAGAUCGUUGUGUGCGGUGACUUAUGCAUCUCGUACGUGCAAACGCGCGGUAGCAUUCCGUUGUUCUGGACGCAAUCACCGAAUCUACGGUUCCGGCCUGUGCCGAAGCUAGAACCGUACGCUGAUCAUCUGAGUGCCUGCCGGCAGCAUCUCAACGAUCAGUGUGCUCGGUAUGGUAGUCUUCUGCUGGUUGAUCUGGUGGAUCGAUCCCGUGAAACUGAUGCCGAGUUGAGCAAAGCGUAUGAGUCAAUUGUCGAGCAGGCCGAUAAUCCGGAUGUGGAGUACACCCGCAAAGGACUGUUUGAUCUGGUCGAUUCCGAUUAUCUGAAUUGCUACAUGGGAUGCAUCGUUAGGAUGUUUCCGUUCAUUUCAAAUUAUCGCACCCAGGAUUGUGUCAUCCGGACGAACUGUAUCGAUUGUAUCGAUCGGACGAAUGUGUUCCAGAGUCGCGUGGCCGUACGCGUCUGUGCGAGGGCACUUUUCCAGCUUGGCAUUGCUCGCGAUGCCAGCGAUCCGUUGGUUACGAUUUUCAAGCGGCAUUGCGAGACCGCAUGGAUCGAGAAUGCGAACGUGCUGUCCCGGCAGUACACGGGCUCGGAUGCCCUCAAGACCGACUUGACGUUCCGUCAAUCCAACUCGAUGCUAGGCUAUCUGCGAGAUGCCUUUAACUCGUUCCAACGUUAUCAAUUGAACAACUUCCACGAUGGCGUACGCCAGGAUGCCAUCGAUUUCUUUCUGCGUGCGUGCAUCAUACCGGGUCAGCGAUUGCGUGCGCCACGUAUUUUUCCCGAGCCUCCACCAAUCCUGCGAAUGGCUGAAUGGAUUGCCCUAUCAAGCUGCCUGAUUGGGACGGGUGCGUCCUUGCUAAUCACUCAAUCCUAUGAGAAGACGCGGGACAAUGGAUCGGGCGGGAUGCUCCUUAUACUGACGUAUGCGUAUCUCGCGAUAAAACAUCCGCAUCUGAUCGUUGACAUGCCGCAGCUCGAAUACCGUACGCUAGAGAGUGCCAUUGAAUACAAAGAAUCAGAAUAA